AAUGAUAAUCAGCUUGUUGAUUAUCAUUAAAUAUCAUUAAACUUGUUCUUAGACAAAAAAUUUACCCAACGACCAUGUCCAACAACAAUGUUGUUGGGCAUAAAAGUGUAAAAUGUUGCAAUAUCUAUUUGUAGCUUUUAUGGUUAUUUGUGAUUUUUUUUUUAUGUGCCAUACUAAUAGAUCAAGACCUAAACAUGUUGGUCAAAGUGUCAAGUCCUACUGCAGGGAGUGAAGUGCAGCAAAUUUUUUCAACAUUAACAGAUGUUUAUGCCAAAAUUAAAGAACAUGAAAUGUUACAUACUGUGCAUUAUGUUGUAGCAUUUAAACGAACUAUGGAACAUAAUAUUGAUGAUAUAAUGAAGAAAAACCACAAGAUCUAUUUUGAGAGUAAAGAUCUUCCAUUUACUGGAGUCCCAUUCAUUUUUUCAUCAUGUAGUACUCUUGAUUUUCAACAAGGAAAAGACAAAGGUCUGACAACAAAAGCACAGUAUUUAAAAAAGAAAAAUGAGAAUGCAGGUACAGAUCAUUCUUUCAAAAAAAAGAAAGUUAUUUUGCAAAAUACAAAGAAGUUUGAUUGCCCUGCAAAAGUAUUUAUAAAAGAAGUAGUAGAGUUUCCUGAGUUUAAGGUAUUCUAUAAAAUAUGCAUCGGGACAUAAAAAAAUUAUUAGUUUUAAAAGAGUUUCAUUUUGUUUCUGC